UGGCGCAAGCUAAUCUGGAGCAUUAACAACAAGGUAGUUAAAAUAUAGUGACAUGCUGUCAAGUAGUUUUACAUUGCAAUGUGAAGAUCAUAAUUACACGAAAUAAGUAAUUUUUUUCUUGCCUGUGCACAGCAGGCAGCAUUUGGUAACUUGCAAGUGACCAAAAUGAAGAAAUACAAAUCCUAUCUGCAGGCAUCUGAAAACAACAUUCCAAGAACCACAGAUUACAGGCGAUUGAGACUUGGUAGAGAUAAAGAGAACUAUGGCAGAGUACUUUAUAAAGACUUUGUUUCUACCAGCGAGUCAGAUAUCCCAAGAACAAGUGCAUACCGGAAAAGGAAAACACAGUUCCCUGUUCACUCCAAUGAGGAUGAGGACACCAGUGUACAAAAUUUCCACUGCCCUGGACCUGCUAAAAGACCCAGAAUUAAAAGACAAAUGCAAGCAGCGUCAGUCUGGUCUGUUGCAGAUGAACCAAACAGUGAUUUCAGGGCACUGCCUCACCAGACAGAGUCACUUGUAACUGCUGAGGAAGGUUACAAUGAAGCAAUCAGGAACCAGUCACAGAUUUACAAAGACCAAAAGGACACCAGAGGACACCAGGAGCAUACUGCUAAUUUGCAAACAGCACCUGAUGUACGUCAACCACCUCAAAGUCCAAACUGCAAUGCAUUACAGGACUCUGAAGGGGAUGAGCUCCUCUACCCAGGGGCACCUCUCUCCAAAGGACAGAGUCUGCUUCUUUUGAUGGCGUACAUUUUGAGACACAACCUGACAGGGAUAGCCCUUCAACAUCUUCUCAAAAUGUUCAAUGAACAUUUCCCAGGAUCAAUGCCUGCAACUUCUUACCUGUUCCAUAAGGCCUAUGGACAGUAUGGACAGUAUGAAGCACAUUUUUACUGUUCUGGAUGCACAAGCUACAUAGGUAAUGGUACUGAUCAGACACAGUGUACAAUAUGUCACAUGUCAUUUGAUGCAGACACUAAUUUGAGAAAUGGGUCAUAUUUUCUUGUUUUGAAUUUAUCCUCCCAAAUUAAGGACAUUCUUGAAAAGCCCCAGACAGCUUUAGCAGGGAAUGUAUCACCCAGUGGUGUUUUAAUGAUAUACAUUCAGGAACGCAGUAUGAGAAGCUAAUCAGGAGUGGUGAAACU